CUUUCAUUCCUUUUGUAGUAUAAGCAUCAAAAUUCUCCGUCAUCGUCUCCGAUUCUACUAGCUCAACUAUCUGUAUAUCAAUUUUUUUUUUCCAGUUUUGCACUCAUUUGGAAUUUGUGUAUCAAGAACGCAGGUCUUGCCGCAAGUUCAGUAAUUGGAAGCAGCUUUAUUUAUCAUAGGCUAGUGAUUUUACUGUUAGCUGAGGACAUGCAUCAGCUGAAGCAGGUAGAGCCUGUUUUGAAGAGGCCAAGAGGGUUAUAGUUUCUAAAGAUUUGGGAUAUGAAGGCCAUGUUAAAGCAAAUUAUUAUCAUUCAAGUACAACGGUAAACUAGGGAACAGGAUUUUGAUUGUGCUCGAGUACAGGUUAAGACCUCUGAUUACUCUCAGUCCUCAUUGCUUUGAUGAGAGAUAUUUCAUUCUUGCAACAUGCCUCAAAAAUCAUUCAUCACCCUCUCUCUUAUCCCCUUCAUUCUGGCAUAUACACUCAUCUGCGUCGACCCACCAAUAGAGUCUGAGCCAUUAAUUUCUAGUAGCUCUGAUUGCUACCAACAUGACCAGAAGCAACAAUCUGAUAGCAGAAAUUAUAUUGUUCGAUUCUAUCAUUAUAGGACAGCUGAAGAUCAUUGGCAUUGUCUUCACGACCACUUGAAAUUUAAGGGUUGGCAAUGGAUUGAGCGGAAAAAUCCAGCUGCGAGAUUUCUCACUGACUUUGGAUUGGUGGCAAUCGACGUAUCAGUGAACGAACUCUUGCUAGAAAAGUUUAGGAAAUUGGACCUUGUAAAAGACGUUUCAUUGGAUUUGAGCUAUCAAAGGAUAGUUCUUGAAGAGAAAAGUGAGAAGAUUGGGGUUUUCACCAAUGGGAAGAAGAGGCCAGGAAAGAUUUUUACUGCUAUGUCCUUCAGUGAAGGUCAAAACUACGGAGUGGCCAACACUAGUGAAAUGAAGAUUAACUGGAAUAGACAUCUAUUAAUGCAGAAAUCUCAAGUCACAUCCCUCUUUGGGGCACAUGAGCUUUGGUCAAAAGGGCAUACUGGUGCUAAGGUCAAAAUGGCCAUUUUUGAUACAGGUAUCCGGGCAGAUCACCCGCAUUUUCGUAAUAUCAAGGAACGCACAACUUGGACCAAUGAAGAUACAUUGAAUGAUAAUGUAGGACACGGGACAUUUGUAGCUGGUGUUAUUGCUGGUCAGGAUGAAGAAUGCCUCGGUUUUGCUCCAGAUGCGGAAAUCUAUGCUUUCCGUGUAUUUACAGAUGCACAGGUCUCUUACACGUCGUGGUUUCUCGAUGCAUUUAAUUACGCAAUUGCAACCAAUAUGGAUGUUCUGAAUUUGAGCAUCGGUGGACCUGAUUAUUUGGAUCUCCCUUUUGUGGAAAAGGUUUGGGAGCUUACUGCAAACAAUAUUAUCAUGGUUUCCGCUAUUGGAAAUGAUGGACCACUUUAUGGUACUCUUAACAAUCCAGCAGAUCAAAGUGAUGUUAUUGGUGUUGGUGCCAUUGAUCAAACCAAUCAUAUAGCGUCAUUUUCUUCACGUGGAAUGAGUACCUGGGAGAUUCCUCAUGGUUAUGGUCGUGUAAAGCCAGACAUUGUUGCAUAUGGACGUGAGAUCAUGGGAUCCAAAAUCACCACAGGUUGUAAAAGAUUAUCUGGCACAAGUGUGGCGAGUCCUGUUGUUGCUGGCAUAGUAUGUCUCCUUGUUAGUAUCAUACCUGAGAGCAAGCGAAAGGACAUUCUAAAUCCAGCUAGUGUCAAACAAGUGCUGGUUGAGGGGGCCGCUAAGCUUUCUGGUCCCAACUUAUAUGAGCAGGGUGCUGGCAGGGUUAAUUUGUUGGAGUCCUAUAAAAUUUUGAAGAGCUAUAAACCUCGAGCAAGCAUCUUUCCCAGUGUUCUUGAUUACACUGAUGGCCCUUACUCUUGGCCAUUUUGCCGUCAACCACUUUAUGCGGGUGCAAUGCCAGUUAUCUUUAAUGCCACUAUUUUAAAUGGAAUGGGUGUAAUUGGUUACGUCGAGAGCCCACCUACCUGGCAUCCUUCCAAUGAUGAAGGUAACCUUCUUAACAUCCGUUUUACUUAUUCAGAUGUCAUUUGGCCUUGGAGUGGUUAUCUAUCACUACACAUGCAAAUCAAAGAAGAAGGAGCUCAGUUUUUAGGAGAAAUUGAAGGCAACAUAACUGUCAAAAUCUACAGCCCACCAGCUGUAGGAGAAAAGAGUCGUCGAAUUAGUACCUGUGUCCUGCACUUGAAACUGCAAGUAAUUCCUACUCCGCAAAGAUCUGCACGAAUAUUAUGGGAUCAAUUUCACAGCAUCAAGUAUCCGCCUGGUUAUAUUCCGAUAGACUCCUUGGAUAUUAGGAAUGACAUGCUCGACUGGCAUGGAGAUCACCUGCAUACAAAUUUUCAUUCACUGUUUGACAUGCUAAGGGAUACUGGAUACUAUAUUGAAACUCUUGGCUCCCCUCUCACAUGUUUUGAUGCGAACCAGUAUGGAACGCUUCUCCUGGUGGAUCUCGAGGAUGAGUACUUCCCUGAAGAGAUCAAGAAGUUAAGAGAUGAUGUCAUUACUUCAGGUCUUGGUCUAGCUGUAUUUGCUGACUGGUAUAAUGUGAAUGCAAUGGUAAAGAUGAGGUUCUUUGAUGGUAAUACCCAUAGCUGGUGGACACCAGUAACUGGAGGUGCCAAUGUUCCUGCCCUGAAUGAUCUUUUGGCUACCUUUGGGAUUGCAUUUGGUGAUAAAAUUCUAAAUGGUGAUUUUGUCCUCUCCAAUAAACAAAAUCAGUAUGCAUCUGGGGCUGAUAUUUUGAAGUUCCCAAGCAGUGGAUACUUGCACCGCUUCCCCUUCCUGGAUAGAUCAGAGAGCAGGGCCACUCAGAGCAUGACUAAGAUAGUUUCACCUAUUCUUGGUCUUUUGGAGGUUGAUGGGGGCCGAGUUGCAGUAUAUGGGGACUCAAACUGUUUGGACGGCAGCCAUAUGGUUACCGAUUGUUAUUGGCUUCUGAAGAAAAUAUUAGAUUUUACUAGCAGAAAUAAAAAAGAUCCUGUAUUUUUCUCAGAUUCAGUUAGACAAAAUACACCAUUAUAUGUUGAUAAGAACAAGCUACCAUCGCGUAGAACAGAUGUGAAUUUUUCUAUGUAUUCUAGUGUUGUCGGAAAGGAAUUGAUCUGCGGGCGUGACUCAAGAUUUGAAAUAUGGGAAACUAAGGGUUACAAUUUACAGGCCAAGGGAAAGAACCGCAGAUUGCCCGCCUAUCCUGUCAAUGACUUGGGUGGAGGUCUAAAUUCUACUGUUGAAACACCGGUUUGGUUAAUAUCUAAUUCAGCUCAGAAGAAUGGUGACUCUCUUGAGAACAAGUACUGGAGUUCAUUCUACAAAGAUGAUAUUGACGUUCCUCUUCUGGUUGCUAGUCACUGGUUUGUGCCGGCAAUUGUUGCCAUAAUUGGUCUAUUGCUCUUAUUCUGGCGCAUGCAAAAGCGUGGCAGGAGGAGGAGAAGAUCGAGCUCAGGUCUAUUGUACGCAGCCUUACAAUAGACCACAAGGUCCAGGGAAGGGCCGGACCACAAGGUCUAUUGUACGCAGCCUUACCUUGCAUUUCUGCUAGAGGCUGUUUCCACGGCUUGAACCCGUGAUCUCCUAGUCACAUGACAACAACUUUAUAAGUUACGCCAAGGCUUCCAUUUGUCGGUCAUUUUACUAAUUUAUAGCCCUAAUUUGACAUGUAUUCUACCUUUUAGCAUUACUGUGCCUCCUCGUAUCGAUGCAAGUUGGUGCUUAUCCAUGUUCAAGAGUUUCUUAGCUGCUAAUGGCGGUGACAUUCACUUCACCACCAUCAAAAGCAAUGUCCGCCAUGUAGUCCGCUAGUGCAUUCCCUCCCCUCAAAGUGUGCUUGAAAUAAAAGGUACCUUGUCGCAUUAAUCUCUGGAUAUCUUCUACUAUAUUGGCAAUAGACCAUGAGCAAGACCGCAAACCAUCAAUAAUAUCAUCAUUGGGAACAUUCAAAGUGAAAGUUGAAAGACUAAAAUGCCCCGAUAAAGCUGAAUGAUAUUUUUGCCCC